GUGAUUCUCGUCUCGUCCUUCGACUCGCGUACCGGCAGCAGCUCCUUUCCUUUUACCGCCCUGGCCUGUCCAUCACAUCUCUGCGAGGGUGAUGCGGGCAUCAUGGCUGCGUAGACAGCACCUUGCACGCGCAUGCGGCGCCGACCUCAAACAUGUCCGAUCAUAUACGAGCUCGCUUGCACGUAGCGCGCAGGCAACACAAGAUGGGGCCGCAUUGCGAACGCGAAACAUCGGUAUCAUUGCCCAUAUUGAUGCUGGUAAAACAACAACUACGGAGCGCAUGCUCUACUAUAGCGGCUUCACGCGACGCAUAGGAGAUGUCGACGAAGGCAGCACAGUAACGGACUUCUUGCCCGCUGAACGAGCUCGAGGCAUCACAAUCCAGUCGGCGGCCAUUUCGUUCUCAUGGCCACCAUCCGCAGAGGACAAGUUGCAGACUCUCAAGCCGGGCAUGCCCAGGUCUUCAGUACCACAUAACAUUAAUCUAAUCGACACACCUGGACACGCGGAUUUCACUUUCGAAGUACUACGCUCACUACGAGUUCUGGAUGGCGCUGUCUGCAUUCUAGACGGAGUCGCUGGCGUCGAAGCCCAGACUGAGAAGGUUUGGGCUCAAGCUUCAGUUUACGCGAUUCCCAAGAUCAUUUUUGUCAACAAGCUCGACCGAGAUGGUGCGGCAUUUUCCCGGACAGUCAAGGAGAUCGGAUUGAGAUUAGGUGCAUGGCCUGCAGUAUGCGGCAUUCCCUGGUGGACUGCUGAUGGGCGAUUGCAAGGCGUCGGCGACGUGAUCGGACUCAAGGGCCUUAAAUAUGCUGAAGGCGGCGAUGGCAAGAAUAUCGCCGUCUUCGACCUUGAGCAGUUGUCCAAAGAAGACCCAAACCUGGCAUCGGAGCUCGAAAAGGCGCGCAUAGCACUGGUAGAGCGGCUGUCCGAGCAUGACGACGAGAUGGUGGAGAAAUAUCUGGAAACCGACGAAGAUCACCUGGCUAUCAGUGCCACCGACAUCAUUGAAUCGUUGCGGAGGUGCGUCUUGCAGCAUCCACAGCAAGUAGCCCCAGUUUUUGCAGGAGCCAGCUUCAGAAAUGUUGGCGUACAACCUCUCCUGGACGCGGUAGUGGACCUUCUACCUUUUCCGGAGGAAAGACCAGAUCCUGAGGUCAGUCUUGCUGCGACUACCAAAGGUGGACUUGGCGCGUUCUUGUCCGGCAAACUCGUGGUCGAAGCCAGCGAGAGCCGCAAAACGUCUGGCAAAGCUUUGAGUAAGAAACAGGCUGCCAUGUCGCUUCAGAAGCUGGAAGCCUGUGCUCUAGCAUUCAAGGUUGUUGCAGAUGCCAAACGUGGAGUCCUGGUCUAUGUGCGUGUCUACUCUGGUGCAGUCAACCGUAAUGCCGCCUUGUGGAACACGAACCUCAUGAAUAUCGAACGACCUCAGAGGCUGCUGAAGAUGUACGCGAACGAUGCGGUCGAUAUCGACUCCAUUCCUGCCGGGCAAAUUGGGGUCAUUCCGGGCCUAAAAUUUGCAAGGACCGGCGACACUAUCAUUUCGUACCAAGGAGCCAACCCCAAGACUGGACCUCCGCCACCAGUCAGCACGUUGCAACUGCGGCCGAUUAAUAUACCUCCGCCAGUGUUCUUUGUCAGCGUAGAGCCGAACAGCCUCUCCGAACAAAAGCAGAUCACAGAGUCGUUGGCACUGCUGCUCCGUGAAGAUCCCAGCCUGCAUGUGUCUGUUGAUGAGGAGAGUGGUCAGACCCACCUGUCCGGCAUGGGCGAGCUGCACCUCGAGAUUGCCCGCGACAGACUGGUGAACGACUUCAAAGCCAAAGCUCGCAUCGGUAAUAUCGAGAUCGGCUACAGGGAAGCAAUCACGGAUGCUAGUGGAGCUGCUACAGAAACCUACGAUCGUGACAUUGGCGGUAAGAGCGCAAAGGCAGCCUGUACGGCUGCGGUUGAGCACGCUCACGAACAGCCAACACAGGAGAACGGCAGGCAUACGCAUAUUUUCGAGAUGCACGACGAGAAUUAUCUCGUCAUAUCGACGCCUACUCUGCAACACGAUGGCUCUCCAAUAGAAGAGGAGCAACCUGGUCUGCCGGAGGAAUUACCGCUCCCAGUGAUUCUUCAGGCUCUCCGUCACGGUGUAUCAGCAGCGCUGGCGCGAGGUCCAACUCAUGGCUACCCGCUGCAUUCCACGAUUAUCAACCUCACCUUCGACCCAGCGCGACACAUCUUCCCGAACACGACGCCGUCGGCACUUUCUUCUGCAGCACGCUUGUCGACGCAAUCUGCCUUAAAAUCCAGUGCUACAUCCUCCGAGACCGUGAUGAUGGAACCCGUCAUGUUGGUCACGAUUUCGGUAGACGAAGACUCGCUGGGCUCAGUCGUGCACGACAUUUCUUCGGCGCGUGGAGGUUCCGUCGUGUCUCUCGGCGCUGACGAGCAAGACACGUCUUCUCCAGACAUUGAUGUGGCUCGCAUAUACACUCCCCCGGAUCCUUUCGCAGGCAGCAGCACUUCAUUGAAGGGGAAUGUGGGCACAGGAGGAUCGGGCAUGCGACAGAUUGUGGCAAGAGUCCCUCUGAAGGAGAUGGUAGGGUAUUUGAAACAUCUUCGAAGCCUGACUGCGGGCAGAGGAACAUUCACGAUGGUUGUUGAUCGCUUCGAGAGGAUGAGUGCGCAGCGACAACGAAACAUCGUCAACGAGAUGAGAGGCGAUUAUGCCUAGCCUUCUCGCGACUAUCUGUACAAACACACAUGUAACAAUAAGAAAGAUGUACAUCAGGACGGAAGACCCAGCUCUACACAUGACUUUCAUCUAUUCAUCUAUCGUUCACGAAAAUCACGCCGCUCAAUACCGUUGUCAGCACUCGAAA